AUUUGCACACUGCUACCAUUUAAAAUUUUGCAGAAAGAAUGGGGAGAUCCAAGAAAAUGCGCCCGAAAUCAGCAAGUAGUGCAUUUCUACUCAAGAAACAGAGGUAUAUCUAAAUGUGACUUUGCAUGUAUAAUAUUAUUCUAUAAACUGAUUUCUUCAGAGUCCUCUCGUGUCGGGUCCUAGUCCUGUCUGCAACAUGCCGACCCUUCCUUCACCGAUACUCUCUCCUUUUGUUCAAAGGAAAAUAAAGGUUAAGCCUCCCACUGUUUUGAAGCCUGGUAGUUCCUCCAGUAGUUCUUCUGAUCACCUGGCUCCUAUACGCAUGACAGAAAAGGUUAAGCCUCCCACUGGAAACUCUGGUAGUUCCUCCGCGCAGAAAGCAAUGACUGCAAAGGUUAAGCCUCCCACUGGAAACUCUGGUAGUUCCUCCGGGCUGAAAGUAAUGACAGCAAAGGUUAAGCUUCCCACUGCUUUGAAGCCUGGUAGUUCCUCCGGUAGUUCUUCUAGUCACCUAGCUUUGAAGAAGGUGAAGGUUACAGCAGCAGAGAAGGAGAAGGCUGAGAAGGAGAAGGACAGGAUGUGGAAGGAGCUUCUUGAGCAGAAGAGGAGAGAGAGGAGAGAGAGAAAGGUGGGGAAGCAGAUGGAGAAGCAGCUGGAGGAAGAACAGGUUAAGCCUCCCACUGCUUUGAAGCCUGGUAGUUCCUCCAGUAGUUCUUCUGGUCACCCAGCUCCUAUAGGCAUGACAGAAAAGGAUGCUUUGGAGACCUGUAGUUCUCCUGCUCACCCAGCUCCCAGAGGCAUGACAGAAAAGAAUGGUCCUGGUCUCAAGACUCAUCUCCUCUUUAAGCCAUCCUAUGUGUCAGGGAGAGGAAAGACUAAGGCCCCAGCCAGUUGUUGGGUUCCAACCCUCCUGCAUACCCCUGACUUGACGACCCCACCGCCUCCUGCAAGAGAAACUCCUGUGAAUAAGGGAGCUUUUGCACCGCUGACGCCAGCCUUUGUGCAGCAGCGCACGCUGGUCAGUCCAUAUGGGGAAGUAGGGGCACCCCCUCUAAAUUUAAAUUGUCGUGUUGCUUUNCCUCCCUCAAGGCAGACUCACUCUCAAAGAGACUCCUUCUCACACUCUUCCUCUUGA